AUGGCUCGAAAGAGAAAUAAGGCCAGAACGUUUAAAGUGUCCAGUGUUAAUAAGAUCGAAAACAUCGAAGAUUCAAGAACAUUAGACACCGACACACAAACACUGGAAAGUAGACCUUACUUGGAGGACGACAACUGCGCAUUUGGAUUUGCAAAGGCUUCCAGCUUAAUAUCUAGUCAACCUGACAGAAGUGAGGUAAGGAGAGACCAGGAAACAUAUCAAGGCUUAUUCUCCUCUAGUCAACCAAGCGGUAACUUUACAGCAGCAUCAAGUUUACUUGGAUUAACAGAAUCACAGUUAGAGACUGGGGGCUUUCAGUCAUCAAAAGGAGCUGUGAACAGUACAUACAAAAGGAGAAACAGUAAAUUGCAACGGGCAAAGGAUAGUGCAGGACCAAAUCAGAAGAAUAUUUCUAGUUUCUUCACCAAAUCAAAAACUCAUUCAACAUCACCAGCAAAAGUUAAAAUGGAAUUACACAACAAUAUUGAGGAGAAUGAAGAGUUUGUUCCCGUAACACACAGAAGCCCAUCAAAGAUGUAUUCUCCAAUCAAACAGAUGUCAGGUGCCAUCUACAUCAGUGACAAUAGCUGCAGUCCGGUAUCCUCGCAGUCAGAUAAUCAGAAACAGUCCACGAAACAUAGGUUUCAGGAGAAUGCUUUUGUGAAAAAACUAUUUGAUGGUCAGAAAAAUUUGACUGCAGGACAACCUUUUCCAAAGAAAAGAAGAAUGAACUCUAGUAGUAAUCCUCAGUCUAGUGUUUCAGUGUCCAUGACAGAUGCUAAACCAAGCACAUCGUUCUCAAAUAUUAGUAGCAAAGCAAGUAGGCAAACACAGGAGACAAUGUACAAACAAACAUAUGGGCUGGUUGGAGAGGGUUCUGGAUUGGCAUUUGCAGAUGUAAAUGCACAAAAUAACACUAACUAUUUUGAAAUUCUGCCCUAUCAUUUGAUAGAGCACAUUUUCUGCCAACUGCCAAUUCUUGAUUUGUGCCUGAACAGCAACAGAGUGUGUCGACAGUGGAAUGAUAUCAUCUCAGAUAGAAAGUUUGUUCCAUGGAAGAAGAAAUACCACAUGUUGAGAAAAGGCUAUGGAAAUACUCUGACUGAAAUCAAAAGGACAAUGGCAGAUUCCAAGAUGACUUUGCCUUCAAUGUAUCUAAAAGGAUUGAUACGGCACAUGAAGGACUUCAAACCUGUGACAGCCAGCAACAUGAGCCAGUGCCUCAAGGGACAUCCCAAAUAUGGCUGGGCCAAUGCUCUCAUCAGGGAAAGAACUCCUGAAUGUAUUGAACACGAGGAAGCCAACCCCUGGUGUGUGGUCACUGCAUUGGUUGUUAUCUUGGACAGUGUAGGUGAUGUCCAGGCUAUCAUAGAGGCACUGAUGGUCAGCCACUCUCAGUGUACGUCCAUGGAGGUUCUAGAGUGUCUGUACUGUAUUGCGACCUUCCUCUAUACCUUCCGUCUCCUGGCCGGGGCCGAUGUGUGGAGUGGCAUGCACUAUCGAGUGUUCUAUGCCCUGUACCUUUAUGAGAAUGCUUCAGUGACCAGCCACAGCAUGCUUCAAGAGGCCAUGACAUCGUCCAAAGCUGGUCAGCAAACCAUCGUCAAAUACAGCCGAGGGGACACACUGGUGCGACUGACACAUGAACAACUGAGAAUCGUCAAGCACUCACCUAAUCAUGGUGACUGUGUCAAGAUUGUAGCCUUUGCAGGGACCGGCAAGACAACGACUCUUGUUCGAUUCACCCAGCUGAGACCCGACAAGAAGUUCCUUCUGGUUGUGUACAACAAGUCAGUUCGGGAACAUGCAGAGAAGACGUUUCCUCGCAAUGUCACUUGCAAAACAGGCCAUGCUUUGGCCUUUGCCUCUGUAGGACGCAGAUAUGCUGCACGGAAGAAGCUGAGAAAUCUAAAGGUGUAUGAGAUAUCCCAGAUCCUUCCCUCCAGAAAGGGAGACAACUUGUUUGUAAGGGCAAAGUUUGUGAUGGAGACCAUCAACAACUUCUGCAGCUCUGACAAUGACAACAUCACAAGUGCCCACGUUCCUGACACUAGGACUGAUGAUAAUGGCGGUGUCGUGUCCAUAGACCAUGCAGCCAAGAUGAGAUUUGCAGAGGAUGCAGAGUACCUGUGGAAGAGGAUGAAGGACUAUGACAAUACUCGAGCGGGGAUGACACAUGAUGGGUAUCUCAAGAUGUAUCAGCUGUAUCGACCCAAACUCACUCAGUAUGACAUGAUUCUCAUCGACGAGGCUCAGGAUUUGACACCAGCUGUCAUUAGCAUCCUGAUGAAUCAAGAACAGGCUAAGAUCCUGGUGGGAGACCCACAUCAGCAGAUCUACUCCUUCCGUGGCGCCGUCAAUGCCAUGCAGCUGAUAACUGCAUCUCACACGUUCUACCUUACUCAGUCUUUCAGAUUUGGUCCUGAGAUCGCCCAGGUUGCCGCCAGCUGCCUCGAGGUGUUCAAGCAAGUCCGCCAUAAGACCAUCGUGGGCCACGGCGUUCCAGGUCACAUCGGAGGGGAGAAGGUGGGCCAGAGAGCGAUCAUCUCCCGACUCAACUUCACCGUGUUCAGUGAAGCGGUCAAGAAGUGCUGCUACUCACAAGAGGAGUACAAGGUGGCGUUCGUUGGGGGCACAGACAACUUCGGGUUUCCCAUGAUCAUGGAUAUCUACAUCCUGAUGAUGACUCCAGAAGACAGGAAGAAAGAGAACCGGAAAAUAAACAACCUAUUUAUUAGCAAGUUUUCUGGUAUAGCAGACUUGGAGAAGUAUGCAACCAAAGUGUCAGAUGUGGAGCUGAUGGGGAAGAUCCGCAUCGUGAAGACGUUUCACCACGCCAUCCCUAUGUGUCUGACGAAGAUUUCAGCCAAGUGUGUCCGUGACAUCAGACAAGCAGAUAUCAUCUUCAGUACUGCACACAAGGCAAAAGGGCUGGAGUUCUCCACAGUCCAGGUGACCGAUGACUUCAUCAAUAACUCAACUCAAGGUGCUAGCAUGGACCUCCGAAGCCUCAUGAACAUAGCACCAAUACCAGCUGAUGAGGCCAAUCUACUUUAUGUGGCUGUCACCCGUGCCAAGAAUGCCCUCUUGAUGUCCCCUAUGCUGGUGAAAGUCCUCCAGAACAAUGGGGAGAAGUUUGAGUACCCAGUGUGCAGUGAUCACCUACAGAAGCUGGGCAUCCCCUUCAAGUGUCGUGAGACUGAUGCAGAGUUCAAACCACAGGCACUGACACUCCGACGGCAAGACAUCACUGUGGGCGAAGGAGACCACCGCAAAGGGGGCGUGUAUGGGCCGCAGAUCCUCAGUGAAAACAUCCACAGGUUUGCUGAGCUGCUUGGAGACCCAAGCCACAAGCCUAAAGCAGCAGCGAUACCUCACGCUGUCAACGUCAUUGUACUUCCCAGAAUUCUCUAUGACCAAAAUGGGGAAGAAAGUGAUGAAGAAAAUAGUGAUGAAGAAAAUAGUGAUGAGGAAGACUUGCCUAUUAUGUUUUAAAGACAGAUGUGUGGAGACAUGUUAGACAGAUGUGUGGAGACAUGUUACAGACAGAUGUGUGGAGACAUGUUACAGACAGAUGUGUGGAGACAUGUUACAGACAGAUGUGUGGAGACAUGUUACAGACAGAAGUGUGGAGACAUGUUACAGACAGAUGUGUGGAGACACGUUAGACAGAUGUGUGGAGACAUGUUACAGACAGAUGUGUGGAGACACGUUACAGACAGAUGUGUGGAGACAUGUUACAGACAGAUGUGUGGAGACAUGUUACAGACAGAUGUGUGGAGACAUGUUAGACAGAUGUGUGGAGACACAUUACAGACAGAUGUGUGGAGACAUGUUAGACAGAUGUGUGGAGACAUGUUACAGACAGAUGUGUGGAGACAUGUUACAGACAGAUGUGUGGAGACAUGUUAGACAGAUGUGUGGAGACAUGUUACAGACAGAUGUGUGGAGACACGUUACAGACAGAUGUGUGGAGACAUGUUACAGACAGAUGUGUGGAGACAUGUUACAGACAGAUGUGUGGAGACAUGUUAGACAGAUGUGUGGAGACACAUUACAGACAGAUGUGUGGAGACAUGUUAGACAGAUGUGUGGAGACAUGUUACAGACAGAUGUGUGGAGACAUGUUACAGACAGAUGUGUGGAGACAUGUUACAGACAGAUGUGUGGAGACAUGUUACAGACAGAUGUGUGGAGACAUGUUAGACAGAUGUGUGGAGACACAUUACAGACAGAUGUGUGGAGAUACGUUACAGACAGAAGUGUGGAGACAUGUUACAGACAGAUGUGUGGAGACAUGUUACAGACAGAUGUGUGGAGACAUGUUACAGACAGAUGUGUGGAGAUACGUUACAGACAGAAGUGUGGAGACAUGUUACAGACAGAUGUGUGGAGACAUGUUAGACAGAUGUGUGGAGACAUGUUACAGACAGAUGUGUGGAGACAUGUUACAGACAGAAGUGUUACAGACAUGUUACAGACAGAUGUGUGGAGACAUGUUAGACAGAUGUGUGGAGACAUGUUACAGACAGAAGUGUUACAGACAUGUUACAGACAGAAGUGUUACAGGUAUGUUACAGACAUGUUACAGACAUGUGUUACAGUGUUUAUGGCCAGGGCCAGCAACAUCAUUGCAAUCAGGAUGAACCUUAGUGCUAUUUGUAUUAAAACACAUAUAGUGACACACAUAUAUUUUUUUUCUACAGCAAUGAUUAGUAAGUCUAGGUAUACUGCAGGAUAGGGUCCCCAAGGAACAUUUAUCGUAUUUACAAAAAUUCAGGAAUCAAAAUUGUUCAGCACAUGCUCACUUAGUUAUUUACAGUCGGAGCAAGAUGAUUUUAUGGGAGCCAUUUUUGUUUUUUAAAAUGUUUCUUAAAAUGAGGAAAAACCUAGGUGUAAAGGGGGUAAAAAAAUAUUUUUUUUAAAGAAAUUGCCAAACAAAGAAUACAUUGUGAUAAAGGGGAUGACCACCCUUAAUGUUUUUGUAAAGUCACUUGAAGGACUCAACGUGAAGUUGGUUUUGACAGGACCAUGGGCAUGUGCGGUAAAUAGAGAAUCUCACCAGAGUGUCUUUUGAUAUCAAAUAUAUCAACACGAGUUGAUAAAAGUGGAAAAUCUCCAAAGCUUGCCAAGGAUUCUUUCCACUUUUAUCAACGAGUGUUGAUAUAUUUGAUAUUAAAAGACACAAGGGUGAGAUUCUAUUUAUCAUCCAACACCAUUCUUCCAACUUUUUCACUUUUUAGACAGUAAUAAUCAGUGUCACAAUGGUCUGCAAAGCAUUGUGAUGCAAUUUCAUUCCAGCGAUAUCUACAAUGUCGCAUGAUCUCAACGAAGUGAUAUCUCCUGUGGGAGACAGUUUUGGAUGAUAAAUGUUGUAGAAAGUUUGGACGACAUUUGGUCAUUUCAUGUUUACUGAAAAUGUUUAUGCUGCUAAAAAAUUUGGUUGCUGGAUGUGACAAGACUGAACUUGUUCAUGUUCUAACUGGAAAGUACAUUAUCUCCAAAUGCUAAAGCUUCUGUCAUUAACUCUGACCUUUCAUACUAUCUGAGAAAAUGACUACUCACUUAAUACAGUUGGUGUAGCAGUUCUUCCUUCCUUCUUAUUUAUCUUACAGGAAAAACAACUUAAUUGCUUGUAAAUGCUAAAAAUUGAGGUUAUAUAUGAUGGGGAUUCAGUUAGAGGGAAAGCUGUGUAAGGUGAAGUUGAGUGGAGGUUGUAAGAUGGAGAUUCAGUUAGAGGGAGGGUUGCGUAAGGUGAAGUUGAGUGGAGGUUGUAAGAUGGAGAUUCAGUUACAGGGAGGGUUGCGUAAGGUGAAGUUGAGUGGAGGUUGUAAGAUGGAGAUUCAGUUACAGGGAGGGUUGUGUAAGGUGAAGGUGAGUAGAGGUUGUAAGAUGGAGAUUCAGUUACAGGGAGGGUUGUGUAAGGUGAAGGUGAGUGGAGGUUGUAAGAUGGAGAUUCAGUUGCAGGAAGGGUUGUGUAAGGUGAAAAUGAGUGGAGGUUGUAAGAUGGAGAUUCAGUUACAGGGAGGGUUGUGUAAGGUGAAGUUGAGUGGAGGUUGUAAGAUGGAGAUUCAGUUACAGGGAGGUUUGUGUAAGGUGAAGGUGAGUGGAGGUUGUAAGGUGGGGAUUCAGUUACAGGGGAAGGCUGUGUAAGGUGAAGGUGAGUGGAGGUUGUAAGAUGGUGAUUCAGUUACAGGAAGGGUUGUGUAAGGUGAAGAUGAGUGGAGGUUGUAAGAUGAAGAUUCAGUUACAGGGAGGGUUGUGUAAGGUGAAGGUGAGUGGAGGUUGUAAGGUGGGGAUUCAGUUAGAGGGAGGGCUGUGUAAGGUGAAGAUGUGUGGUGGUUGUAAGAUGGAGAUUCAGUUACAGGAAGGGUUGUGUAAGGUGAAGGUGAGUGGGGGUUGUAAGAUGGAGAUUCAGUUAGAGGGAGGGCUGUGUAAAGUGAAGAUGUGUGGUGGUUGUAAGAUGGGGAUUCAGUUACAGGGGAAGGCUGUGUAAGUUGAAGAUGAUUGGAGGUUGUAAGGUGGGGAUUCAGUUAGAGGGAGAGCUGUGUAAGGUGAAGAGGUGUGGAGGUUGUAAGGUGGGGAUUCAGUUACAGGGGAAGGCUGUGUAAGUUGAAGAUGAGUUGGUUAGGUGAGUAUUUGAGAAUCUAUGGGCUUCAUGAUGGGACGUGAAUUGAGUUUCAAUAAGAGACUGCGAGGUGGAUAUUACAUGUUUAGAUUGUGCUGGAGCCCCUGCUUACUGGAUAGAAGUCUGAUGUGAGCAGUUAGGGAAAUAGUCCAAGAAAAGCCUGUGUGGAUGGUACUUAAUGGUAUGGCAGUCAAUGAGAUCUCUUUGUUUUGCAUGUUAUGUAUAUGUGUAUAUAUUUUGUAUGGAGCUUCUUGAAACAUGUAUGGUAAUUAUACAACAUCUAAUGUUAUUUCAUGUUAAAUUGGUAUACAUGUAGUAAGCUGGUCUUCUGUGAAUAGUGUACAAAUAUUUUUAUACAUACAAAUAUUUCUUUUGACUA